AUGGAAUCAAAUAACUUAGGGAAAUACAAUACAGUUCAAUACUGUUUUCCAUCUCAAAAUUCAUCUUGCAUAAAGGAGAUCCGCUCUAGAUUUGUCAGCAUUGCUUUAUAUAUGUUUUUUUCAACAAUUUCUUUAUCCACUGUGUUUUUGAAUCUACUGGUGAUCAUCUCCAUCUCUCACUUCAAGCAGCUCCACACUCCUACCAACCUGCUCAUCCUCUCACUGGCUGUGGCAGAUCUAAUGGUUGGUGCGAUUGUAAUGCCAAUGGAGAGCAUACGGUUAAUUGAGACGUGCUGGUAUUUUGGGGAGAUAUUUUGUGCUACAUAUCCUAUUAUUGUAUAUGUUGUGGUUUCCGCCUCCCUUGGAAAUCUUGUGUUUAUUUCAGUUGACCGCUAUAUAGCUAUAAGUGACCCCUUAAGGUACACUACAAGAGUAACAUUCAGGAAAACCUUAUUUUGUAUAGGCAUUUGUUGGUCUUCAUCUCUGACAUACUCUGUGGUUUUGUUAUAUGGUCAUUUAUGUGAACCUAUGGUUCAUGUGGCAUGCUAUGGAGACUGUGUGAUUGUCACACACUUCACUCUGGUGUUUACUGAUGUAAUAGUUAGCUUACUUUGCCCUUGCAUGAUUAUAAUUACUUUAUAUAUUAAAAUAUUUAUCAUGGCCAGAAAGCAAAUGAAUAUAAUAAAUGAAAUAAAUCUUUGCAUAAAACAUAAUGAAAGGGCUGCAUUACCAAAGAAAUCUCAGCAUAAAGCUGCAAAGACUUUAGGUAUCGUGGUUAUGGAAUAUGUAAUAUUUUGGGUACCAUAUUACAUUUCCGCCCUUACAAAUGACAGCGUCUCAUCCUCAUCUGUUUUUACUGUUGUGUUUGGUUGGAUUGUGUAUUUAAAUUCUUGUUUGAACCCUGUCAUCUAUGCAUUAUUUUAUCCAUGGUUUAGAAUAUCAUCAAAACACAUACUAACACUCAGAAUAAUGGAAACAUCUUCUUCUUGUAUGAAUUUGUUUCCAGCUAAUGAAUAA